GGUGUCGUCGAAUGCAUAGUAUCAUCUCCCAAACAGACCCGUAAAGUAAAGAAAAGAAACAAACUUUCCCUGUUGAAGCAAAUCUCAACGGUGAGACUCCAUCUCCUUCCAUCAUUUGCUGGUUUAUAGCUUCAAAGCUCACAUAAGAGAUUGAGACCCAUCAUCUCCUUCAAAUCUUCGCCGUCCACUUCGUUGACUUUAGCAACCUCAAAGUCAAUGCUCUCACGAAUCGCGGACUAAUUGUUAAACCAUGAACCAGAGGAUCGGAACCUCUUUGAUCCGGUAGCCAUUGAUGACCUAGCAGACAGAGCGAAACAAAAAACAGAAGGUUACGAGGACCAAUACCCACUGCUUCUUUCUUUCUCACUUGGAAAGGGAAGAAAGCGAAAACCAAAAAAGAACAGGAAAACGAAAUUGAAAAACCCUAGUGUCAUGAUCACAUGUUCUCGCGUCUAUGGUAGGAGAUACAAUGAUCAACACAGCCAACGGUAUGAUUUCGGCAUCAUCGUCAUCGGCGAACGCGCAAUCACCGGGUCUUAAGACCUAUUUCAAGACUCCAGAAGGGAGAUACAAGCUUCACUACGAGAAGACCCAUCCUUCUGGUCUCCUUCACUAUGCCCAUGGAAAAACCGUUACACAGGUUACUCUAGCUCAUCUCAAGGACAAGCCAGCACCACCAACCCCGCCAGCCCCACCUUCAAGCUUCAGUACAAGCAGUGGAUUACGAUCCGCCACAGCGAGGUUGUUGGGUGCUGGUAAUGGGAGUCGUGCACUUAGCUUUGUUGGAGGAAAUGGUGGAAGUAAAAGUAUCAGUAGUAGUGCUAGUAGGAUUGGUUCAUUGGGUGCUUCCAGCUCAAGUAAUUCAAUUACUAACACAAAUUUUGAUGGGAAAGGGACUUACAUAAUCUUUAAUGUGGGUGAUGCUAUCUUUAUAAGCGAUUUGAAAUCACAAGAUAAGGAUCCAAUAAAGUCUAUCCAUUUCAGUAAUGCAAACCCAGUGUGCCAUGCAUUUGAUCAGGAUGCGAAGGAUGGGCAUGAUUUGCUUAUUGGACUGAACUCUGGUGAUGUCUACUCCGUGUCAUUGAGACAGCAAUUACAGGACGUUGGAAAGAAGCUCGUUGGGGCACAACAUUAUAACAAAGAUGGUUCUGUUAGUAACAGUCGUUGUACUGGUGUUGCAUGGGUACCUGGAGGGGAUGGUGCUUUUGUUGUUGCUCAUGCCGAUGGAAAUUUGUAUGUUUAUGAGAAGAACAAGGAUGGUGCUGGUGAUUCUUCCUUCCCUGUAAUAAAGGAUCCAACUCAGUUUUCUGUUGCUCAUGCACGUUACAGUAAGAGUAAUCCAAUUUCCAGAUGGCACAUUUGCCAAGGUUCAAUUAAUAGCAUUGCUUUCUCAACUGAUGGGGCGUACUUGGCCACCGUUGGAAGAGAUGGUUAUCUAAGAGUAUUUGACUAUUCAAAAGAACAACUUACUUGUGGUGGCAAAAGCUAUUAUGGUGCUCUACUGUGUUGUGCAUGGAGUUCUGAUGGAAAAUACAUUCUUACUGGAGGUGAAGAUGACUUGGUUCAAGUUUGGAGUAUGGAAGAUCGAAAAGUUGUAGCGUGGGGUGAGGGCCACAAUUCAUGGGUUAGUGGGGUGGCUUUCGAUUCAUAUUGGUCUUCACCAAAUUCAGAUGGCACAGAAGAGACUGUCAUGUACCGGUUUGGUUCCGUUGGUCAGGAUACUCAGUUACUACUAUGGGACCUCGAGAUGGAUGAGAUUGUAGUGCCAUUGCGUCGAUACCCCCUGGGUGGAUCUCCUACGUACAGUGCAGGAAGUCAGUCAUCUCACUGGGAUAACAUAAUCCCUGUGGGUACUCUGCAGCCUGCCCCAAGCAUGCGAGAUGUUCCAAAGUUAUCUCCGGUUGUUGCUCACCGAGUUCACACUGAACCCCUCUCUGGCUUGAUAUUUACGCAGGAAUCUGUUCUUACUGUUUGUCGGGAGGGGCAUAUAAAAAUCUGGAUGAGACCUGGGGUUGCAGACAGUCAAUCAGGCAGCUCUGAGUCAGUCUUGAGUACAAGUUCAAAGGAUAAAUCAUUGCUGUCAAGCAAGGUUGGGAGUUCAAGUUACAAGCAAUGAAAAAAUUGUCAUCACAUCAGGUGCUUGGUGAAACAAAGCUCUGCUUGUCCUGGAAUUGGAUUUCUAUUUACCAGUGUGGCAAUUCUAUCUCAUUACUAUUCUGUUGGUUUCCUCGGAAACAAAGCGUGAGAAUGAUCGGAGUUCAUUGGGUUUUAACCAAGUGGAUGCAUUGUAAAUGGAGGGAUGAGAGCAUAGUGUUGACGGCAGUAAAGAGGCACAGAAGGAGGGGAGAAUCUCUUUUGUAAUUAGAAAACGGCUCUGUUACUGGAAUAUAUGAAAUGAUAGUGACCAGAAUAACAUGAAGUUGAUCCUUUAAGAUGAUGUUUCUUGGAGGUUUGGCUGUUUGUUAUGCAUUGUUAGAAUAUUAGCAUAUCAUUUUUGUUGGAUCAUGUUAAAAAUUUACAGAUUCAUGCAGGUGGGAAGAUGAAUAUUUUGUUUUCUGGGGAGAUGGACAAGUUUUGCGGUGGAUUUUUGAUGUGUUAAUUGGUUUGAACAUAGAGAUCUACGUUUUGUUAGGAUGCAAA